AUGGCUGACCAGUAUGGCUUCCAGGCAACGCCCAAGAUGUACAAGACACGGUUUUCGCAAUGGGGAUUUGUCAAGAACAACACCGAGGACGAGGUCAAAAGACUUUUAUCAAUGAAGUUUCAGCGCGACGCCGAGGGCAAGGUAUCCGAAUUCGUACGCAACGGCAGAGUGGUCAACCUGGGCACGUAUCUCAAGCGCAAGGGAGUGACGGAGUACGAUCUUGUCGAUUUCGAAACGCCUGCUCAACUUCCGUCGUACGUGCGAUGUCGUACCCCGACACCGCCGCCCGCUCCGGGUUAUCUGCAGUCACCAGAUCUAGUCAGAGCGCAGGAGACAGUUGUUGCGAACAUGAGGAAGGCCUUCUUGCACUGUCGCCAGUUCGAGGUCGAGACGGAUCGGCAGAUUGGAUGGACGUCAAUCAUGCUUUGGGGCGCCGGAUCGAGCGACAUGUUUACUGACGCGAACAAGAAAUUCGAGAUGGGCGAGCACGAUGCCGGCGGACACUUGCUGAUGAGGGCAUUCAAGCGCUUAGAGAUGGAUCUCAAGCAACUGUCGCCACAGGGCAUCAAGGAGUUACUCCUUGGUAUGGUGCACCGGGACGCCGGCAUGAUGACUGCACUUUGCAAGUACCUCGCGGCCUAUUCGACGACCAACUUUGAGCGAUCUCAUCCCCUCCGACAGACGUUCUCAACUCUUUACGAAGUCCAGCAGAAGCACGGCCCGAUCACGCUUUCCGAACUCAUUUGGGGUUGCAUCCCAACCAUUGCCGAAGAACUCGAAGCUAUCUAUGGCAGACGCCACCCCUACGUGGCCCGCACAUGGAUCGACCUUGCCAUCUUUUACAACCACGCCAACCCCGAAAGACUCGAGAAGCUUCUCGCCGAGCUUCAACCAAUGUGUCGACAAAUAGCUGGACGAUACGGACAGGGUAGCGCGGAGGACCUGUCUCUUCGAUACGCUGUGGUGCAGUUGUUGCAAGCAGCGUGGCCUAACGGCGAUACGACUCGACUAGAGGCAUUGGAUCUGUGGAACACGAUGAAGGACGCCGGCCUCGUCUUCCCGGUUCGCGGCGCGGAGCACAACACAUUCUGCUUUCACAGUCCGUUGAAGGUUGAUCCAUGGGACAGACGAUGCAGAGACCGAUAUGACGUUGGUGUGCAAUUUUUUCAGCAACAUUGCGGCAUCAAAGUAUUGCCGUAUUUCGAGGAGGAUAUGCACAACACGGAGCACGCUCCCGAUUCGCAUUCCGCCUUGGCAGCAGCCUUGGGGCACAUGGCCCCCUCCAAGUUCUCGCUCAUCUAA